CGCACCAGCAGGGCAAGGCAGGGUUGAAGCCGCUUGAUUGCGACGAUCACACGACAUGCGAGCCCGCGUCAAGCAAGUUCAGUUGCAUUCGAAAUUCCUUCAGGACCACACUCAAGUCGGAUACUGGAUGGACAUGGUGAGGACGGUAAAAGCUCAGUGAUUAGCAAGUCAACUUUAAGCACGCAAAGGAGGGGUGUUUAGGCAAAACGGGUGACUGUGCACAUCGCGAGCCAACGCUCGGGUCCUUCGAUGACGAACGAUGACAGAGAUCCGAUCGUCGUUUCGUUUGGCGAUGCUUGUCUGAGAAAGGAGGAUUUGCAGACGCUCGAGCCCAACGAGUGGCUCAACGAUGGCGUGAUCUGGACAUUUGCAGAGUUACUUGCUGCUCGAUCAAGUGAUUCCGAAGCAUCUCAAUCACAAUCGAGGAGCAGCGACAAAGCGAAGCAAGACGCAAAGGACUCGACUCCCAGUCUUCUUUGGCAACCUGCAGUGGUCGAGCUCAUGUGUUCCGUCACUGCUGAUCUCGGAGCAGAAGAAGCCCGCAAUCUGCUCCCUCCAGCCGGACCUCUAGUAGUCCUACCAGUGAGCGAUCGGUACAGUACGGAAGGCCUGGGAAUAGGCAGUCAUUGGUCUUGCAUCUUGGCGGUGGAGCAGGCCUUCAAAGGUCCUGGAUCAGGCUGGUUCGGCUUCCACCUCGAUUCCAUGCGUCCUUGCAACGACGAUGCCGCAAAGACUGUUUGGUCCGCUUUCCUGCACACUAGAGGUAUCAAGUCAUCCUCGGUCAAGCGAUCGCUAUUUGAAGUCGAAGAAGUGUCUCCCCAGGAGAAUGCGCACGAUUGCGGUCUCUACAUGCUGCUGCUAUCCGAUCUCAUCAUCUCGCAGCAUCUAGACCCCGUCAUUUUUCGUCCCACAAGCAUGGCAGCGGCUCUUUCCAACGCCGGCAAGACGCCGCCCGCGCUAUCCUCUCUCGCUUCGGAUCUGACACCCGCCAAAGCGGCCCAGCUUCGUAUAGACCUGCACGACUUUUUUUCAAGCUGGGCUCAGCGCCAGCAGCUGGGAGAGGUGCCGCUUCGCAUGACUUCGUGGAAAGAGGUGCGAGAGAAUGUCGGUGACUAUCGAUCCCCCCAACGCUAGCGAUACCCUCACCUGUGGCGCAAACGCUGCGUGUGUUUAGGUGCGCUCGUUGGAACAUGCAGACGUCUGGAUCGUAGCAGGUGAACGAUGUAUUUUGCCAGAUUAUUACAAUAGGACCAAAUCGAGGUGAAGCGGGGUGGCAGCAAAGACGUGUAUGGGAUGGACAGCAGCACCAGCACGGUAUUAUCACGAGCUGCUGGUCAAACGGGCGAAAGGCAACAAGAGUACAGGAGAGUCUCCCAGAGAAGUUUACAAUAUCCCAAAGUUUGCUUUUCGGCCUCUAAAACGAGAAAGUAGGAUGAGGGGUGUGCGCUGCGCGAAAAAGACACGAG